UUCCUACCUCGCUGUCCUCGAACUCCCGGCUGGCCUCCUGGAAGACGCCGCCUGCCUCCGCCAACAUCCCUCCUUCUCCCCCGGGGCCCUGGACGGAGGGCGAGGCUCCGCAGGGCAGGCGCCAGCAGGGAAGCCGCCUCCUCCGCCUCCUCCCCCCUCCCUGGCCCCGCCCACUCCCCCGCGCACGCGCACCAGCGACGACGGCGACGCUUCCGGCCCCGCCCCUUCCGGCCCGCCUCCUUCCUUCCUUCCGGCGAUGGCGGAGGCGGCGAUGGCGGCCACGAGGAGGGUCUCUUCGGGCGCGGAGCCGGAGCAGCCUCCGCGGCUGAGCAAGAACGAAGCGAAGCGGCGGAUGAAGGCCGAGCGGAAAGCGGCCGAGAAGGAGGCGCGUCUCAAGGACCAGCGCCACGAAGGGAACGCCGCCAGCGCCAAGGCCGAGGAGCAGGACCAGGAGGAGGAGGAGAGCCUCGACCCCAACCAAUACUUCCGGAUCCGGAGCCAGGCAGUGCAGCAGCUGAAGGCCUCCGGGGAGCAGCCCUACCCCCACAAGUUCCACGUGGACCUCUCCCUGGAAGACUUCCUCGCGCGAUACGGACACCUGCAGCCGGGGGAGCACUUGGGCAGCGUCUCCCUGCGAGUUGCCGGCCGGAUCCAUGCGAAACGUGCUUCUGGAGGGAAGCUGAUCUUUUAUGAUCUCCGCGGGGAAGGAGUGAAGCUGCAAGUGAUGGCCAAUUCCAGGAACUACAAGUCGGAAGAAGAAUACGUGCGCAUUAACAACAAGCUUCGCCGUGGAGACAUAGUUGGGAUCCUGGGAAAUCCUGGCAAGACCAAGAAAGGGGAACUGAGCAUCAUCCCGUACGAAAUCACUCUGCUCUCUCCAUGCCUUCACAUGCUGCCUCACCUUCAUUUUGGCCUCAAAGACAAGGAAACCAGAUUUCGGCAGAGAUACCUGGAUUUAAUUCUUAAUGAUUUUGUGAGGCAAAAGUUCAUAAUCCGAGCAAAGAUAAUAACAUACCUUCGAACCUUCCUAGAUGAGUUGGGCUUUCUGGAGGUGGAGACGCCCAUGAUGAACGUCAUCCCUGGAGGGGCUGUGGCAAAGCCUUUCAUCACUCACCACAAUGAGCUGGACAUGAACUUAUACAUGCGUGUUGCUCCGGAGCUCUACCACAAGAUGUUGGUGGUCGGUGGCAUGGACCGUGUCUAUGAAAUCGGCCGCCAAUUCCGGAAUGAAGGCAUUGAUUUAACCCACAACCCGGAGUUCACCACCUGUGAAUUUUACAUGGCUUAUGCAGACUACCAUGACUUGAUGGAGAUCACAGAACAGCUACUUUCAGGAAUGGUCAGACACAUCACGGGCGGCUACAAGGUGAUGUACCACCCGGAAGGAUCGGAGGGCCAGGCAUACGAAAUAGAUUUCACUCCGCCCUUCCGGAAGAUCAGCAUGGUGGAUGAGCUGGAGAGAGUGUUGGCAAUCAAACUUCCCACUGUUGAUCAGUUUGAGACAGAAGAGACUCGCAAAUUCUUUGAUGUGCUUUGUGAAGAGAGAGGAGUUGAGUGUCCGCCGCCUCGGUCUACAGCCAGGCUCCUCGAUAAGCUCGUCGGGGAAUUUUUGGAAGUUACCUGCAUCAACCCCACUUUCAUCUGUGAUCACCCACAAAUCAUGAGCCCCCUUGCUAAAUGGCACCGCGCUCGGCGGGGACUGACAGAGCGCUUUGAGCUUUUCAUCAUGAGGAAGGAGGUCUGCAACGCCUACACCGAACUAAACGACCCCUUUUGGCAGCGACAGCUCUUUGAGGAUCAGGCCAAGGCAAAAGCUGCUGGUGAUGACGAAGCCAUGUUUAUUGACGAGAACUUCUGCACGGCUCUGGAAUAUGGGCUCCCUCCAACAGCAGGCUGGGGCCUGGGCAUCGACCGUCUCACAAUGUUUCUGACAGACUCCAACAACAUUAAGGAGGUGCUGCUUUUUCCAGCCAUGAAGCCUGAAGACAAAAGGAAGGACACUCAGCCAAAUGCCGCUCCUGUGGAGGGGACCUCAGUGUGAGAGGCUUGGACAGUCCAGGCCCAGUGGCUGCGCUUUCUUUCCAUCUGCAAUUAAAGGCAGCCCUGUGCUGCUGCUCUUCUUUA